UAAACUAAAACUUAGAGAUAAUACACAUCAUUCUAACUGUAUAUUCACUGUGUAAAAUGGGAAUGACUGAAUUUUGGAGGCGAGACGAACAUACCACUACUUAGCUCUCUCAGUAGCUGGUUUUCGUCCCACAGAUUCAUCUACUCUCACUCCUAAAGCAAUAACAAGUUUACCCAGAUUCAUUUUGCUUUCAAAUUUUCCUUCCUGUUGAUCCACCACACAGAAGGAAAACAGGGAUUGGAAGGAAAAUGGAAUCGUCUGCGAAAUCAAUUGAAGAGGUGGUGGAAGAGAUCAUGAGAACUCACAGAUCUCUUCCGGCGAGACCCGGAAUCGACGAGGUGGAGGCUGCGAAGACAUUGAUCCUAAACGUCGACAAGGAAGAGCAAGCGAGAAUCGAGGCCAUUGCGAGGAAGAGGAAGAGCCUUGAAGUGCCCGAAGAGCUAUUCAGAGUGUUGCAAGAGAUGCAAAAGAAUUUGGUUCAUUUUCAAAGCAAAGAACAGAAGAGAGAGGCUCUGAAAUUGCUAGAUCUCGACAACGUCCACUCACUGUUCGACGAUUUGAUUCUCAGAGCCUCGAAAUGUCUUCCUUCGAGUUCUGCCUCCAAUUCCCACCACCCCAGUCCCUCUAUAGCUUCCACUUCUUCCACGAAUUGGAGCACUUUGUCUUUCACGAAUUCAAAUACGUUUUCUGUUGCUAGUUUGAAUUCACCUGUUACAGCUACCACGUUCUCUUCGGGCUUACACUAUGACAAAGGGCCUGCUAAAUCUUCAGAACUAUUUACCCGGGAUGAUAGUUAUGUGAAAAAGGGGACAGCUUCGUUCUAUUCGGAUGGAAUUGCGGGUAGCAUUCGAUCUGGGGAUGCGUUAACUCCGCAGAUUUUGGAUUCAUCACUGAAAAUUCCAAGCACUUCUGGUCAAGAUGGUGAAAAAUUGAGUCUAAUAAAGCUUGCUAGUUUGAUUGAAGUGUGUUCGAAGAAGGGUACUAGGGAUCUCAAUCUUCAGAACAAACUGAUGGACCAAAUUGAAUGGCUUCCUGAUUCUAUAGGGAAGUUAUCGAGUUUAAUCACCUUAGAUUUGUCUAAAAAUCGUAUUCUGGCCUUGCCCGCCAAAAUCAGUGGUCUCUUGUCGCUGACGAAAUUGGAUUUGCAUUCAAACAGAAUUAGUGAACUUCCAGAUUCCAUUGGAGAUCUCCUUAGCCUGGUUUGUCUUGAUGUGAGUGGGAAUCAGCUAACAUCUCUGCCUGAAACUUUUGGUAGAUUAGUCCGUCUUGAGGAGCUAGAUUUGAGCUCAAAUCAUCUCCCUGUGCUUCCUGAGUUAAUCGGAUCACUUGUUAGUCUAAAGAAAUUGAAUGUAGAGACUAACAAUAUCGAAGAAAUUCCGCAUACUAUUAGUCAGUGUUCAUCACUCAAGGAGCUUCAUGCAGACUAUAAUCGGCUUAAGGCCCUUCCAGAAGCUGUAGGACGAAUCGCAUCCCUGGAGAUUCUGUCUGUUCGUUACAAUAACAUCAGACAAUUGCCUACCACCAUGUCAUCCCUAUCAAAUUUGAGAGAGUUUAAUGUAAGUUUCAACGAGCUUGAGUCGGUGCCUGAGAGCUUAUGUUUCGCUACAACACUUGUCAAGAUGAACAUUAGCAACAAUUUUGCUGAUCUACAAUCCCUACCGAGGUCAAUUGGGAACCUUGAAUUACUUGAAGAGCUGGAUAUUAGUAAUAACCAGAUAAGAAUUCUUCCGGACUCUUUCAGGAUGUUAUCACGACUACGUGUUUUAAACAUGGAAGGGAAUCCCAUGGAAGUGCCGCCAAGAAAUAUAGCUCAGAUGGGAGCACAGGCUGUUGUUCAGUAUAUGGCUGAACUGUUUGCAAAGAGGGAUGUCAAACCACAAGCAGUUAAGCAGAAAACAAGUUGGAUACAGAUAUGCUUCUUUUCAAAGUCGAACAAACGGAAGCGCAGUGGCAUGGACUAUACGAACGCCUGAUUCACUGCAAUUUGCACAAAUUACAGAACAUAAAUAUUUCUGUUGGGAAAAUUGAGGUUCAGUGGAUUGGAAGAAAGCUGAGAUAUCGGUGGAACUUAUCCUCUAAACUUGGGAAGGCAGAUGGUUUUCCAGAUAUGAUUCUAAUCCUUGCUUCUCAAAUUGUAAAUUUCCCUCCCUAAAUGUCAUUGCUGUUUUAAUUUUUUCGUUUGGUCUGUAUUUCUUAUGUUCUUGAUCUACAAUGAGAUGUGCAAUUGACUCCAACCGGCAAAAAGGGGGAAGGAAGAUGUUGUAUUUGAUUUCCCUCAAUUUUACAUCAUAAAUGAGUGUUGAUUACCCUUUUCACCACUUUCAAUUAAACGAAAAAAAAAAAAAAAAAAAGAAUAUGCUUCUGUUGUCUUCUU